AUGGUCCCUCCAAAGAAUCACCGAGUAUGGAGAGAGCUGCUCCUUCUGUGCGCGCUGCUUGGAACGCUGUGGGAGGCCAGGGCCAGUCAGAUCCGCUAUUCGGUGCCAGAAGAGACGGACAAAGGCUUCUUCGUGGGUAAUAUCUCCAAGGACCUGGGACUGGAGCCCUGGGAGCUGGAGAAGCAUGGAGUCCGCAUCAUCUCUAGAGGUAGGACUCAGCUCUUUGCUCUGAACUCGCGAAGCGGCAGCUUGGUCACCGCGGGCAGGAUUGACCGGGAGGAGCUCUGUGCUCAAAGCGCGCGGUGUCUUGUAAAUAUUAACAUCCUGGUAGAGGAUAGAGGAAAACUCUUUGGGAUAGAAAUAGAAAUAACUGAUAUUAACGAUAAUAACCCAAAAUUCCAGGUCAAAAAUCUCGAGGUAAAGAUUAACGAAAUCGCUGCUCCUGGAGCACGUUAUCCACUCCCAGAGGCUGUAGACCUCGAUGUGGGCGUGAACUCCCUCCAGAGCUACCAGCUCAGCCCCAGUCACCAUUUCUCCCUGGACGUGCAAACUGGAGACGAUGGAACUAUAAACCCAGAGCUGGUGCUGGAGCGCGCCCUGGACCGAGAGGAAGAGGCUGCUCACAACCUGGUCCUCACGGCGUCCGAUGGCGGCGACCCGCGUCGCUCCAGCACAGUGCACAUCCGUGUGAUAGUGUUGGAUACAAACGAUAAUGCCCCAAUUUUUGCUCAAUCGAUUUACCGAGUGAAAGUCCCAGAGAAUGUUCCCGCAGGCACCCCACUGCUUACAGUAAGUGCUAGCGACUUGGAUGAGGGAGCCAAUGGAAAAGUGGCAUAUAAAUUCUGGAAAAUCAAUGAAAAACGGUCUCCAGUAUUCCAUCUUAAUGAAUAUACUGGGGAAAUAUCAACAGCAAAAAGUCUAGAUUAUGAAGAAUGUUCAUUUUAUGAAAUGGAAAUACAGGCUGAAGAUGUGGGGGCACUUCUAGGGAGGACCAAAGUGCUCAUUUCAGUGGAAGAUGUAAAUGACAAUAAACCGGAAGUGAUCAUUACAUCUUUGUUUAGCCCAGUGUUGGAAAAUUCUCUUCCUGGGACAGUAAUUGCCUUCUUGAAUGUGCAUGACCAAGACUCUGGAAAGAAUGGUCAAGUUGUCUGUUACACAAGUGAUAAUUUACCUUUUAAGUUAGAAAAGUCAGUAGAAAAUUAUUACAGAUUGGUGACAUGGGAAUACUUGGACCGAGAAAAAGUCUCUAUCUACAAUAUCACAGUGGUGGCCUCAGAUAUGGGAACUCCACCUCUAUCUACUGAAACUAACAUCCUUCUGCUCGUGGCAGACAUCAAUGACAACCCACCCACUUUCCCUCAUGCCUCCUACUCAGCCUAUGUCCCAGAGAACAACAUGAGAGGUGCCUCUAUCUUGUCAUUAACUGCACAUGACCCCGACGGCCAGAAAAAUGCACAGGUCACUUACUCUGUCACUGAGGACACUAGCCAGGGGGUCCCCCUGUCCUUCUACGUCUCCAUCAACUCUGACACUGGUGUCCUGUAUGCACUGCAAUCUUUUGACUAUGAGCAGAUCCAAGACUUGAAGUUACUGGUGAUAGCCAGUGACAGUGGGGACCCUCCCCUCAGCAGCAAUGUGUCACUGAGCCUGUAUGUGCUGGACCAGAACGACAAUGUGCCUGAGAUUCUGUACCCCAUCAUUCCUACCCAUGAUUCCACUGGCGUGGAACUGGCACCCCGCUCCGCAGAGCCCGGCUACCUGGUGACCAAGGUGGUGGCGGUGGACAGAGAUUCUGGCCAAAAUGCCUGGCUGUCUUACCAUCUGCUCAAGGCCAGUGAGCCUGGGCUCUUCGCAGUUGGGCUGCACACAGGUGAGGUGCGCACUGCGCGGGGCCUGCUGGACAGAGAUGCACUCAAGCAGAUCCUCCUAGUAGCUGUUCAGGAUCAUGGCCAGCCGCCUCUCUCAGCCACCAUCACUCUCACUGUGGCAGUGGCUGACAGUAUCCCCGACGUUUUGUCUGACUUGGGCCACAUCAGGACUCUUGCAGUCCCAGAUGAUUCAGACCUCACUCUUUACCUGGUGGUGGCGGUGGCUGUGGUCUCCUGUGUCUUCCUGGCCUUUGUCAUUGUGCUGCUGGCACUCAGGCUGAGGCGCUGGCACUCAUCACGCCUGCUGCAGGCUGCAGGUGGUGGAUUGGCAGGCAUGCCUGCCUCACACUUUGUGGGCAUUGACAGGGUACAGGCUUUUCUACAGACCUAUUCCCAGGAGGUCUCCCUCACCUCAGGCUCUGGGAAGAGUCAUGUUAUCUUUCCUCAGCCCAACUAUGCGGACACACUCAUCAGCCAAGAGAGCUGUGAGAAAAGUGAUUCUUUGUUAACAUCCAUAAAAUUUCAUGAAUGUAAAGAUGAAGCUGCUUGUGCUCAGAAUAGAUAA